AUGCCGCCUAUAGACGCUCCGAUAAGCACCCAGCUCACGUCUCGCAACGACGUCCCGAACCCACCCGUUGAACAGCCCCAAAUCUCAGAGAUCGAUAAACUAAAACAAGCUAAUCUUAAAUUGAAAACGGAAAACAGAUGGCUUCGAGUGGCAAUCAGGGAGUUGGGUAUAGCCAAUGAUAUAGCUGGAGCUGAGAAAAGGUUGACCAAGAUCAGGAUCGGCAUAUUUGAGAAAAUCGACGCCGAAUCAAACAUAGUCUACAACGACGCUCAGGAUAAAGCGAGAGAGGCUUGGGUACCUCUCAUUCGUGAUAUCGUUCAAAAGAGACAAACUUUCGAUACAACACGCUUAUGGAAAGAUCGAGAGGAAUAUGAAUCUGCGAUUGCAUCAUGGCAAAUGAAUCACACCAGACGAGACGACCUUGAGGUAAUCAUUUGCUACAAAGUGCUCGGAGAUCAAUUUUCGAAGCUCGAUAUACGAUCAGAAGCUUUAGCAAAAGCAGUGAAUGACAUCACUUCUGAGAAUUCUCAGCUUUCGGCCGAGAACACGAAGCUAAAGCGUCACAGCAUCGAGCAAGAAAAAAAGUUGAAGGUGCAAGCUAGUGUUCUUUCAAGCUUACAGGAACGAGAAAAGAACCAAGUGAUCUCGAUUGUUGGGAUGAAAAGUAAGCAUGAAAGAGAGAUGAAGGAACAAGGUGAAGUUAUCGCAAGCUUGAAAGAAAAGGAGAAAUUAUCAGUGGCCGAGUUAACUAGUGACUAUGCGGCAAAGGCGAAGGAACAAAAAUCUGUUAUCGCCAAUCUCGAACAGAGAACCAAGACCUUGGAAGCUACAGUCAAAAAGACCCAUAAGAAGUUGGCAGAACAGAGCAUCAUUAUUGCCAACCUUGAAGAGAAAGAAAAAUCUGCGGCAGCCCAGAAGAAGACAGAAUAUGAGCAGCAGCUAAAGGAACAAGAAAGCAUAAUCGCCAAGCUCCAACAAGAAAAGUUAGCUUCAACUGCUGAGAUGCAGAGAGUAGGUCGUGAACUAGCUGCGCAUCGUGAAGUUUCUGUCAGCAUCUUGAACCGAAAGAGAGAGCUGACAAAGCCACAUGAGAUUCGGGAUGACCAUGUUAUUGAGACAGGAAAUAUCUCAGCACAUGGUGGAACUUGUCUAGCCGACGUUUUUCGAAUCAAAUCCAAUCCUGAUAUCAAUGAGCAAGCAUGGUUCCAAGAGACAUAUGGUGUAUCUAUAGACACGGUGGAGAGAUAUGGAGAAAGUGCAGCGUUUGUGAAGCUUAUAAAUAUGCGUUAUGAAUUGUACAGGUGCGGCGCAGAAAACCGGGCUGUUGACACAGAAUUUGAAGAGGGAUUUCAGAAACUACUCGCUGGAAGUCUGGAGAAAUAUUCAAAAGUAACGCCAGAGUCAAUUGAUAGGUUUUUGUUAGAAAGUAAGAGCGGAAGAGAAAUGUUCCAGAAGCUAUGUAGUAUCUGGGAUAUUGCAAGAGUUUGCCAAAGAAAGCAGUUCCGAGAGAGCAGAGAUCCGAAAAAGAAAUCCAUCUUUGGAGGAAGCUUCAAAAGCGUGAAAUCUAAUGCUUCGGUUUGGACAACAGAGACUCAGAAGAGAAGCAAACUCGACCAAAUCGAGGAAUAUGGCAAAGAUUUCCUCUCCUCUGCGAAAGAUGCUUUGCCCUGGACUAAGCAUUAA